CCUUAGAGGUUUGAUUAAAGACGUUUGAAGGUCGUUUGCAUCUCACUCUUUGCAGGUGUAACAAACAGAGGUAACCUGUGAAAGACUGGUUAUUUUGUAUAAAUUAUAGUCCAGCCCCUGCGGUUUUGGGGCAGACACAAGCCCAUUUCAUCUGUGAUUGGCACUCACACUGUGGGGGCUUGGCUGUGCCGCGUCCCAGGCUGGGCAGGAACCGCUCAGUGUGGGGCAGGCUCCCUCUAGCAUGGCCAACAACGUGCACAUGGGCGGGCUGCUCAGCCGCCACGACGAUGAGGCCACCAGGACCUCCACCUCCGAGGGGCUGGAGGAGGGUGAGGUGGAAGGGGAGACUCUGCUCAUCGUGGAGUCCGAGGACCAGGCUUCUGUGGAUUUGUCGCACGACCAGAGCGGGGACUCCCUGAACAGCGACGAGGGGGAGACGUCCUGGAUGGAGGAGAUGUCCUAUUACUGUGAGAAGUGCCAGAAGUGGAUCCCAGCAAGUCAACUGAGAGAACAGCUCAGCUACCUCAAAGGAGAUAACUUUUUCAGAUUCACUUGCUCUGAUUGCUCAGAAGAUGGGAAGGAGCAAUUUGAACGUCUGAGAUUAACGUGGCAACAAGUUGUCAUGUUGGCAAUGUACAACUUGUCUCUGGAAGGAACGGGCCGUCAGGGGUACUUCAGGUGGAAAGAAGACAUUUGUGCUUUUAUUGAGAAACACUGGACUUUCUUACUAGGGAACAGGAAAAAGACCUCAACAUGGUGGAGCACAGUUGCUGGCUGUCUCUCUGUGGGGAGCCCCUUGUUUUUCCGCUCGGGGGCACAGGAAUUUGGAGAACCGGGAUGGUGGAAGCUGGUUCAUAACAAGCCCCCAACACUGAAGCCUGAAGGAGAGAAGCUGUCUGCAUCUGCACUGAAGGCAAAAGCAGCUUCCAAGCCCCCGCUGGAUCCCAUCAUUACCGUGGAAGGCCUCCGGAAGCGCGUGAGCCGCAACCCCGUGGAGUCGGCCAUGGAGCUGAAGGAGAAGAGGUCCCGCACUCAGGAGGCCAAGGACAUUCGCAGAGCCCAGAAGGAGGCAGCCGGCUUCCUGGACCGCAGCACCUCCUCCACUCCUGUCAAGUUCAGCAGCCGCUGCCGCCGGCCCGACAUCGUGCUGGAGAAGGGAGAGGUCAUCGACUUCUCCUCGCUGAGCUCCUCCGACCGCACGCCCCUGACCAGCCCCUCUCCAUCCCCGUCCCUGGAUUUCUCCGCCCCCGGCACGCCCGCCUCGCACUCGGCCACUCCCAGCCUGCUCUCGGAGGCGGAUCUCAUCCCCGACGUCAUGCCGCCACAGGCGCUCUUCCAUGAUGAUGAGGAGCUGGAAGGAGACGGAGUCAUAGACCCAGGAAUAGAGUAUGUGCCCCCUCCCAGUGGGACAGCUGGUGCUGGCACCAUGAUAGCAAGCAGGAAAAAAGUGAAGACAGCUGAGCAGAUCAAGCAAGAGGUGGAGAGUGAAGAAGAAAAAACAGAACGGAUGGAAGGUGACAGUGAAGAUCCCGAAGAGUCAAACACACCCUUGCAGGUGAGAGGACGAGACAAGGGCAAGUCACAACUGGAGAGGGAUGCUAAGCCCAGAGUUCCCAAGCACACCUCAGUUAGCAUCUAUGAGGAGAAGCUGCUGCUGAAGAGACUGGAAGCCUGUCCCAAUGCUCUGAGCAUGACCCCAGAGGCCCGCAGGCUGAGGCGCAAGCUGCUGGUGAGGCAGGCCAAGAGGGAGAGAGGGCUCCCACUCUUUGACCUGGACCAGGUUGUGAAUGCUGCACUGCUCCUGGUUGAUGGGAUUUAUGGAGCCAAAGAAGGUGCUGUCUCCAGGUCCCCAGUAGGGCAAGCAACAUACAGAACUACUAGCCAGGACUUCAGGAUCUUGGACAGAUACCAGACGAUGCUGCCCGCCACGAAGGGAUACCGCCAGCAGACAAGCAGGUUCCUGUACCGCCUGGUAGGCUCGGAGGAGCUGCUGGCAGACCACAGUAUUGUCAGCCCUUACACCUCCCGUGUCCUUAAGCCUUACAUCAGACGUGAUUAUGAGACAAAGCCUCCAAAACUCAGGCUGCUGGCAGAAAUCCGGGCCAAUCCACACAGGAAUGAUCUCAACUGGAAGGCUGAGCCAGAAGCACCCAUUGAUUACUGCUACGUUCGCCCUAAUCACAUCCCCACUAUUAACUCCAUGUGCCACGAAUUCUUCUGGCCUGGAAUUGAUUUGUCAGAGUGCCUGCAGUAUCCUGACUUCAGUGUUGUUGUCCUCUACAAGAAGGUUAUCAUUGCCUUUGGCUUUAUGGUGCCAGAUGUGAAGUACAACGAGGCUUACAUCUCUUUUCUCUUGGUGCACCCUGAGUGGAGAAGAGCUGGGAUUGCAACCUUCAUGAUUUACCAUCUUAUCCAGACCUGCAUGGGCAAGGACGUCACCCUUCACGUCUCUGCAAGCAACCCUGCUAUGCUGCUCUACCAGAAGUUUGGAUUUAAGACUGAGGAGUACAUUUUGGAUUUUUAUGACAAGUAUUACCCCUUGGACAGCAAGGAGUGCAAGCACGCCUUCUUCCUCAGGCUGCGGCGCUGAGCUGUGGGAGGGCUCUGGGGAAAAGCCCAAUCCAUCCAAAAACUCCCCCAACUUUUGGUGGAGGAUGUUGGCUGCCACAGGAGAGCUGCAACACACUGGUGUGUUUAUCCCUAGGACUUUGGAUGUCAGCAAUGUGUGGAAAAAUGCAAUCCAAAAGGAUUGAUUCCUGUGCUCCAAGGGGAGAGGCCUGGAAAUGCCAACUAGGGUACACUGAAACCACUGGAAAAUUGAAAUUCCUAACUGGGAAUUUUCCUGCCACUGUUACUUUGGAGAGCCUCAUUAGCAAACAAAAAUACCAAACAACAUAGUGUUUCUCACUUCAGAGGGGCCCUAUGGAUUUCAAGUUUUGAAACCUGUCCAAAAAAUGUUGCGGGUUUUUUGUCUCUGUUUUUGUUUAUUAGCAAAAAAUGAACACCUAAACUGAAAC